AUGAAUGGAAAAGGCUAUCCUGAUUUUGCAACUCGGCAUUUAAUAAAACUGCUUAGUGACCUAAAAAGUGAAAUUCCUAUUUUAGGUUUUUUUGACAACGAUCCUUAUGGCAUUGAUAUUUUGAAUUUGUACAAAUAUGGUGCUCCAACAAAGUUAUUUGAGAACAAAAAUUGGGCAAUCUCACGUUUACAAUGGAUUGGUUUACACCAUAUUGAUAGAGAACAUAACAAUAUUUCUGAAAAUUUAUUUAUUAAAUUAACAAGUAAUGAUAAAAAAAAAUCAAAAGAUUUAUUAAAAAAAGAAUAUUUACCAGAAACUUGGAGAAAUGAAAUACAAGAAAUCCUAAAUUCUAACAAAAAAUGUGAAAUAGAAUCAUUAUGUUAUGAUGAUAAUGAAAACUUACUAAAUUAUUUAAUAGCAAAAGUUAAUAAUCCUACAUCAUGGUUAUAG